AUGUCCCUAGAACCAUCAAAACCACUUGACGAACCAACGAUAUCAACUGGUGAUACUAAAAAGGAUCGUGAAACAAAUAAAUGCAUGCAAAUUCUGUGCACACGUUCACUUUUAUGUAGUGCUAUUUAUUUUGCAUUGGCUUACUUCAUUCAAGGAAUAACAGAUAUUGCAUCUGGAUUUGUUAACUUACCGUUGCAAACUAUCUUAAAAGAUAGACUUCAUCUUUCACCAUCUCAAACGGGUACUUUUUUCUUUACUUGUACGAUAACUUGGUCUAUAAAACCACUCUAUGGAAUUCUUAGUGAUUUUGUACCAAUAUGUGGUUAUCAUCGACUUGUCUAUCUUCUGAUGACUACGGCACUUAAUUUAUGUGCAUGGAUUGCUCUUUAUUUUGUUCCAACAGAAUAUAAUUAUUUAAUAAUUUUCUGUGUUUUGGCAGCAUUUUCACUUGCAUUUAAUGAUGUUCUCAAUGACUAUGAAACAAUAAUUUGA